UGUUGCCUCUGACAGAAGAACAUGCUGUACAGUUGGAUACCUUUUUGCUGAGCAGGUUUAUGGGUCCUCAUCUACUUUUUGUGUACUGGUACUUAUAAAGCUAAGAGUAACAAUGCGUUCCAAGGCACUUAUCUACCUAGUUGGUGCCGUGUACAUCUAUUGUCAGGUCUUUGCACAGGACAUCUACAUUGCUGAACUGAUGGUGGAGAGCAACGUCACACUCGAAGCAGAGACUAUCCUGUCAGUUCUGAAUUCAACCACAAACCUCCAAGUGACAGAUGCCAACGGAGUCAACCACACAGUGACCCUCUUACAAAGUGAAACAUUAGCAGAGUGCCUCAUUAUUGGACCUGAAACCACUUGCAACUGUUCUGCCGGGUACAUCUGGAGCAACGAAGUAUGCUACAAUUUCAACUGUUGCAGUGAUGCUUCAUGCUCAGGAAAUGUGUCCUUCAUCACACCCCUCUGCAUUAGCAAGGUCCCAGUUCGCUUCAAUGGAUCAGCAACACUAAAUACAAGCAUGUGGGAUGAGACGAAAACUGCAAUGCUUGAGACUGCCUUUAAAGGACUAAAUGGAUUUGAAUCCCUGAACAUAACUGCUCAGAGGUUAGACGCCACCAUUGUUGACUUUGAGACAGCGGUCAGUGUCAAAUUUGAGACCUCCAAACUUCUGGGCAUAGUGUCAAAACUGGAAAGUGACCUUAAAGCUGUACUUCAUAUUGACACUACAGGGAUGGUCACCAUAGAGGCUCCACCCGCUAUGGUGUGCUACCUCUCCAACCCAGAGCUUAAAUGCACAUUUGAGGAAGCCACAGAUGCUGCUGGUUGGAGCAUGAGCAAUGAGCAUUCACGGUUUCAACUCAACAGUGGCACCGUGGUGGCACUGGACAAUGCCUGCAGCACACCAGAAUACCAGUCGUGUGUCGGAGUUAGAUUGACGGAGGUGACAGGCCUCUGGGCAGGCAUUUAUGAAUGUGGAUUCACCAAGGGUUCAGUGAGGCACACAGCCAGAGCACAACUGGGAGUUGCACUCCUGCCUGAUGAGAUUAUUAUAAAGAUCAACCCUAUUACAGGGGACUGCAGUGAGACUGCAGUGACACAUAUUGAAGUGAUGGGCACUGCUACCAUUCCGAAGAGUAUACAGAAUUUUACAGUUUGGUGGAGCUACAGGGGCAAGAAACAGAGUGAUCUACAGCCCAACCAUUCAGGAGAUUACCUGGAAUAUACCUUCACCUGUGACAUCAGUUGUAAGGAAAGCCCAGUCGCACAUUAUUUUGAAGUUACUUUUCGUAAUAUGAGGGAUCAAAUCAAAACCGCAAGAGUGGACAUUCCAGUAAUUUAUGCGGGUGCAGGCUUUUGCGACAUGGAGAUAGUAAAUGGAGAAACAUGGCCAAAAACACCAAAUGGAGACACUGCCAUUAAUAGAACAUGUCCAGAGGGCCGGGUGGGGUAUAAGUCACGCACCUGUGAAGAAAGAACAUGGACAUCACCAUAUUCCAACUGUGUCAGUGAAGAGCUUAACAAAAUUUCAGGUCAAGCAGAUUAUUUCCAACGGGGACUAGGGGCAACCCCAGAGGUGGCACUGAACAUAUUUGAGGGGCUUCAGAACAACAGUGAUUUUGAUUCUGAUUCAAGUGACACUAUAGCCGAUAUCAGUGCCUCCGUUAACAUCCUAAAUGUGAUGGCCAGUGCAUCAAAUAAUAUUCCCUUGGGAGAAAAGGUCCUGAGUCCUUUUAUGGAUGCAGCGAGCAAUAUGUUGAACAACACCUGGGCAACAGUCAAUAAUUCUGUUUUACACUCCAUGUCAUCAACCUACCUUGAGUCUGUGGAGAGUCUAGUGAAGAAUAUUAACAUCAGGAAUGACAGCAAAAAUAUACUGACUGAAAACCUAGACCUCAAAUAUUGCUCAAGUUCUGAGUGCAAUGUGUCUCUGUUUGAUAUCAGUUUAAACCUGAACCAGACCAUUGGAACAAUGAAAACUGUCGCUGUGAAAAAUUUAAUGGACAAAUUACGGAACAACUUUCACAAUACGAAUCCUACCAGCCUCUUGGUAUCAGCCACACUGGAAGACAGAGGUAACUCAUCUAUAGUCAUUCAGCUGGAUUUUCCCAAAGAUGAAUCAAACCAAACUCAACCUUUUUGUGUCUUCUGGAACACCAAAAUGAAGGACUGGUCAGAUGUAGGAUGCACUGUCAAAACUGAGGGUAAUAACCGCACCCUUUGUGAGUGCAACCACCUGACCUCAUUCUCUGUCCUCAUGGCUAAGACUGAUGUAUCAAAUGACAUCCUCGAUAAAAUUACACUUGUGGGCCUGAUUGUUUCAAUCUGUGCCUUGGCACUCUUCCUCAUCAUUGAGUCUCUUGUGUGGUCGGCUGUGGUCAAAACUAACCUCUCACAUUUCCGCCACACAGCCAUGGUAAACAUUGCCACAUUCCUCUUGCUGGCUGACUGCUGUUUCUUGGCUUCCACAUCUCCUGAGACUUUGGGAGAGUCCUGGUGUUUAAUCUUCACUGUAUGCAAACACCUAUUUUACUUAGUCAAGUUCAGCUGGAUGCUGUGUUUGAGUGUCAUGCUUGUCCACCAGCUCAUCUUUGUUUUCAGCCCCCUGAGGAAAAGAGUCUUUAUGUUCCUCUCCAGCAUUGUGGGCUAUGUUUGCCCAAUCCUGAUUGUGGGGUCCAGCUAUGUGUAUUACAAAUACACCAACAAGCCCUACUAUUGUAAAAAGACGUGUUGGCUGAUAUAUGAAAGACUCCUGGUGGGCUCUAUACAUGCUUUCCUCCUGCCUAUAGGAACGGUUGUUCUGACGAAUGUUUUCUCCAUGGUGGUAGUCAUUGUUACAUUGCUGAAAUCCUCAGCCGCUGAUGGCAGUAAAGCAGACGACAAGGACACAGCCAAAAGUAUAAUUAAAGUGAUGGUUGUUCUUACCCCAGUCUUUGGAGUGACAUGGGGUAUUGGCUUCUUUCUGUUAACGUCAGAUGAAAAGGAUCCCAUGUUUCAUAUUGCCAACUACAGUUUCACCAUCCUCAAUUCCUUCCAGGGUCUUUUUGUUUUGCUAAGUGGGUGCUUUGCAGAGCAGAAGGUUCGAGAGGAACUGAUCAAGAUUGUUAUGGGAAAAACAAAAGGACAGAGUGAUAGCACAAAGAAUCUGACUUCCACCACAUACACAAAAGACAAAUAAACAUCCAGUUCAGUUUUGCAUUCUAUCAGCAAUAGUCUUGUUCCAAUAUAUUUGCAAUAUCUUUAGUAAUGCAAAAUAUGUACUGCUUACCAGUGCUCAGUGCAUGUAGACUAAAAGAGCUUCUGGUUUGGCUUGAACUGCUGCUCUUGCAACUGUGUGUAGGCCUGUUGACCUGUUAACUCUCUGUAACAAUCAAAAUAAUGCAAGCACUCAUAGCACUCAAAUGCAUCAUAGUAAAAUUUUUCUGUAUUAACACACUUUUUAUUCACAUAGAAGUUUUAAUCCUCUGCAGCUUUGACACGCCAAAAUAAAAGACACAUCUGCUCCAAAAGCACUGGAAAAAAAAUCUAAAUCUUACCAAGUGUUUUUUUUUUCCUUUCCAGUCAAAAUAUCAUCACACUUAAAAUAAGUCAUAAUCACCUAAAUAGUAACUUUUCAGUGAGAU